GCGGUUCAUCGAAGCGACCGGUGUAGCUUCAUCGAAGCGCGUUGCAAUCGAAGUGACCCGGUGGGGUUGUACCGUUGGCCGGGCGCAUGAGCGCGGCUGGGAUCGAGGAGGAAAGUGCUGGACUGUUGGAAAGCCAUAGCAUUGGAACCAGCAAGCCACCCGCAAAUCCAGCUGCUGCCGAGCUCUUCCAUGACUUUUGCGGUCGCCCAGAGACGGCACAAGUCGAAGUGACCGUGGAGAACCGUUUUUUUCGGGGCUUUCAACAUGCUGAGAUUGAUUGGAACAAACCUGUCCAUGGUUUGCUAGUGGAUUUCAAGGGCGACAGUAUGCAAAUUGGAAUGAUUCUCCAGCGCUUGGAGGCCUGUGGAGAGCAGUAUGUAUUCCUUGGAAACCCUCCACCCUUCAAUGGUGGUUGGCACUUUACAGCUCUGGACGACUUUGAGCACGUUUUUGAGCAGAAAAAGUUGGACCCAGCAUGGCAAGGCAUUCGGGUGUGGCACAAGGUGAACUAUGUGCCUUCAGUCACAGAGCAGGGAGAACCUGCACUUGUACCCAAGGAAGUGUUCGAUCCAAAGAACAAACAACAAGGGGCCAUUGCUAUUGGCGAGAAGUUCAAGCUCACAACUCUAUUCCUCACAGGUGGACUGAUGCCCCACACGUUGAACGCCACCCUGCUGGACCAAAGUGACGCCUGCGCGGUGCUCCUGCGCUCUCUAGAGCUGGGCACCAGCUUCGCCACGAUCGGCCACGGCUUGGAUGUGCUGCUGGCGCUGGGAAAAGACGCCAGCCCAUUGCAGGGAAGAAAGGCGGCAGUCUUCCCCAACCAGGAGCAUUUGCUACGAAUACACGGGGUGGAAGUCGCUCCAGAAGCCUUGUGCAUUGAUGGAGGACUUGUAUCUGCCAGCUGCUGGAGCCAGGCCACGUCGGAGCCUUUCUUCGCCGCGCUGAAGCUCCCCGCGGAGACGCGACCGGAGAAGUUGCCGCGGACGGCGCGCUGCCUGCAGCGGAGCACCACUGAGACGGUCUUCUGCUUCGAUGGCUCUAAGAUGUCGGGUGGGAGGAGUUUUAUCCUUGGGGAUUCCGCGGCUCCGACAGUGGCGUUCUUUGUCGACGAUGUGGCAGAUCCUAUUGAAGCUUUUACCAUCCUCAACCACCUGGCGAAGCUGAAGUUCAAUAUUCAUCUCAUCAGUCACAGCCAGGCAGAGCAUGAACGUGGUGAUGCCAGCCUUCGCAGGGUGAAAACGGAGACCGUCUGGGGCAAUGCGAUGUAUGCUUUGAAGGAUUGCUGCUGUGAACUCCUGACACUUCCAGCGAAUUUGGUGGAUGCGUCCUUACGCUUCGACGGUUUUUUCGUCGCUGGCGGACAAUGCCCCUACUACAUGAUGAAAGAUCCGGCCAUCAAAGCCAUAAUGGAUGCGACACCCAUUGCAGCGGCGGUGUGUCACGGCCCCGAAGCCUUGAUCGGCACAAAGUGGUUGCAUCCUUUCCCUUCAGGAGAAGUUGGGAAAUUUGUGUCCUAUUAUGGUGCCUGGAUGAGUUUCCGUGAUGUUCUUCAUGCCUAUGAAAGGAAGAAGCCUGGAGAGAUUUGUGAAGAUGCCACAGGUCGAUUCUUCACCGGCAAUGCACCCAACUCAACUCAGGCCAUGGUGGUUAGAGCAUGUGAAGCCAUUCUGAAAGAGCGAAGUGAUUAGCGACGUGUUAAUAGGCCCAAAAGAGGUCGGGAAAA